UGAGUUCAUGUACAAAAACACUGGAAGAAGAUCGCGUCUGUAGGUUCGCCACAGUGCCGAGCGCUCGCCGGCGGAGAUGGGAAUUCGUUCUUUCUUUCAUUUAGUAGGAAAGUGCUUCCUCCUUGAUAAGAAAGGAGGGAGAAACCCCCGAAGGCAACUCCAGAAAACAGGUGUCACAUACGGAGUGUCUCGAGAUGAAGUGGUAAUUAUAUAAUUGAUAUAAUUCAGGAAGUGGUAAGAAAGGAGUGUCUUUACCAACUGCACCCGCGGUUCUCAAACGGUGGGGGGCGCGAAGGUGGUAAUUUUUUAAAAGUUUCUUAUACCGGUAUUAGUGAAAUUAGCUUACAUUGCUGGCUAAGGGGGGCGUACAGACGUUCCUUUGUUCGUCAGGAGGGCGUUACAAGUAAAAGAUUGAGAACCGCUUGAUUGAGAACUACACUGUUAGUCCCUUUGUGCCAUGACACACCCACCUGAGGAAAAAAAGAGAAAAUGUACUUUACGUACAAUUUAGUGGUUAAUUCUGAGGCGAUACCAGUCGAUGGCAAUGCGUCUUCAAACGCAUAUAACCAGUUGUUGUUUGGGUGUAGACGUUUAUAACCGUGACCAAUGGCACGACUGUACCGCAUGGAUGAUUAUUGUUUGAAUGAGCGGACUACAUCGCAUGAAAACCUUCAACCUGUACGGACGAUGUUCGUUAUCGAGCGGACGACCAGUCUCAGUGUCAAGCCAAAGGCUCGAAGUGUUUUGAAAUUUGUUUCUUUGUUGUGUUUCACAUCUUCCAGGAAAGUCAUUUGGGUUCUAGGAGCCAUUGUCAUCAUAUUGUCCUUGUGUGUUUUCUUCAAAGGGUUUUUCAUGGACAAUUCGGAUAUUUUCAUGAUGUCCCUCUCGCCAGACGAAAUGAAUCGGAUCCGGAACCAAUCGUUGGUGACGUGGACUCAAAUCCACAAAUCAACGGCUUCCAAAAAGAUAAUUUGUCACGACUUAAUGGGUCGCCUAGGCAACGUCCUCUUUCAGUACGCUGCCGUACUGGGGCUUGCCCACGCCAACAACAUGAGCUUCUACUUCGACGACAAGUUGGGAAUACUCCAGGAAAUACUCCUCAACCCCCCUGUCUACGAGAACGAGGUCCUUUUCCGGUCACACUGUCGUAGCACUGUCAUCAUCCGCAACCAGAAGGAUGGCGCUUUUGACAGCCGGUUGCUGUACCUCAAUCAGCUACUGGACGUCAAUGUCAACGGCUACUUGCAAUCGUGGAAGUACUUCAGAAGUGUGGAACAGGAAGUGAGGUUGGCGCUACGGUUCAAAGACUGGAUCCUGCUCAAGGCCGAGCGCUUCGUGCAGGGUGUGAGGCGGAAGCUACCCGGCAGGACACUAGUCGGAGUACACGUGCGCAGAACGGACCACAACGAACCCGAGGUCGGACGGAUGGCAGCAUCUGCCGAGUACCUCCAUAACAGUAUGACGUACUUCCGGCGCAGGUUCUCGCCCCUGACGUUCGUUCUGGCCAGCGAUGACCUGGACUGGUGUCGCCACAGUCUUCGCACGCAGGACAACUCUAGUGACGUCAUCUUUCUCAACAUGCACGAGCCAGCCGUCGAUAUGCAGAUCUUGGCCUUGAUGGACCACAUGAUCAUCACUGUGGGGACAUUUGGGUGGUGGGCGGGCUUUUUCAACACCGGGUUGAAGGUAUACAUGAAGAACUUUUUUGUUCCCGGGUUGAAUUUUUCGAAAGAAUUUUCAGAUCCCAGUGACUACAUCUACCCUGGGUGGAUUCCCCUCUAACCUUCGCCGAAGUAAUUAAGAGUGUCUUGGAUCUUACUGAGUGAUGUCCCGCCACCUGACUGGCUAGAUGAUAAUAAAUAACAACAACAACAACAACAACAACAACAACAAAUAAAAAAAAAGAAGAAGACAUGGCAGU